ACUGCAGUCCCCCCUGCAGUCGAAAGAUUAGCUUUUAUCUUGAAGGGGCAGCAGCGGUGAUCUGUCGCUUUAAAUAUUUGUGGCGCAAGGGAUCCGAGGCAAUGGAUUUAUUUUUCCUUCUCGCCAUAUGCGGUAGGAGACUCGAUCGGUUAUCGUAAAUCUUCCUGAAUUUGGACCGAAUGUUGCGAAUCCUUGACGCGGGACGCCCCUCAUCACUUCUUCAGUGGACCAAAACGUUAUUCAUACGAUCUUCGUGUCAGGUUGGAGUCGUCUCGUGCACGUCGAAGCUUCUCUGCAUAUCUGCGUUUAGCUUGCUAACAAAGAGACGCGUUUGUGAUCAACACUUCUCUCAUCAGAAAUCAAUCCAGCAAUAAAGUAUUCUUCUUUCCGCCACCGACUGGUAAGGAUAGACAAGACUGACAUUAAGUGUGCCUAACCCUGGAGAACCCAUGGAGUCACAGAUGACCCAGUCACAGAAAGUGUUGUGAAAAUGUGUGCACGAAGGACUGGAGAGUACGAGGAAGAAGUUUGUGGAUCAAAAAAGGAGGAGGAGCCACAACGUCAACUAAUGGACACUGUGUUCAUUCUGGAGCCUCGAAUUGUCCUACGCAGAGCAGAUGUCAGUGAAUAUCUUCCUCCAGAAUGGCAGCACUUAAUGUACCGUCACAUCAAAGAGGAAGAAGAAGGUGAAGGGGUUCUUUGUAUCAAAGAGGAGGAGGAAGAGUUCCUACACAUGAAAGAGGAAGAGCAGGAGGAAGUCAUCCAGGUUCCAUCCACUGAUGUUCAUUUAAAGAGUGAAGAGGAUGGUCAAAGUGAGGAGAGACUUGGGGCGGAGACUCCAGAAUCAGAAUCAGCUUUCUUGGCCAAGUGUGUAAAAACAGACAAGGAAUUUUUCUCCGGCAGUCGGUGCUACCCUGGUACGACAUUCAAGACAACCAGCAACAGCUCAAGUGAUGGAGAUCACUGUGGAGGGUCACAAAUAGACGAUGAUAAUGAUGAUCAUGAACAAUCGGAAGGUGAUAUGACAUGUCACGCUGCUAACAAAUGCUGGAAAUGUUCUCGGUGUGGGAAAACUUUUGCUUCUAUGAGGAAUUUAAAGCAACAUGUGAUAAUACACACAGGUGAGAAGCCUUUUACAUGCUCAGUUUGUGGUCAAAGAUUCACUCGGAAGCAACACUUAAAAAUACACACAAGAACCCAUACAGGUGAGAAACUGUUUUCCUGCUCAAUUUGUGGCCAAAGAUUUAUUCAGAAUGGAAGCUUAAAAUUACACACAAGAACACACACUGGUGAGAAACCUUUUGCCUGCUUAGUUUGUGGUCAAAGAUUCUCUCGGAAGGGAACCUUAAAAAUACACACACGGACACACACUGGUGAGAAACCUUUUGCCUGCUUAGUUUGUGGCCAAAGGUACUCUCAGAAGGGACAGUUAAAAUUACACACAAGAACACACACUGGUGAGAAACCUUUUUUCUGCUCAGUUUGCGGUCAAAGAUUCUCUCGGAAGGGAAGCUUAAAAUUACACACAAGAACACACACUGGUGAGAAACCGUUUUCCUGCUUAGUUUGUGGUCAAAGGUUCACUUGGAAAGGAGAUUUAAAAAGACACACAAAAACACACACUGGUGAGAAACCUUUUUCAUGUUCAGUUUGUGAUAAAAGAUUCACUGAGAAGGGACAUUUAAAAACACACACAAGAACACACACUGGUGAGAAACCUUUUUCAUGUCAAGUUUGUGAUAAAAGAUUCACUGAGAAGGGAAAAUUAAAAAGACACAUAAGAACACACACUGGUGAGAAACCUUUUUCAUGUCCAAUUUGUGAUAAAAGAUUCACUCAGAAGGGAAAACUAAAAAUUCACACAAGAACACACACUGGUGAGAAACCCUUUUCCUGCUUAGAUUGUGGUCAAAGAUUUUCUCGAGCGGGAACCUUAAAAAUACACACAAGGACACACACUGGUGAGAAACCUUUUUCAUGUCCAGUUUGUGAUAAAAGAUUCACUCAGAAGGGAAAAUUAAAAAUACACACAAGAACACACACUGGUAAGAAACCUUUUUCCUGCUCAGUUGUGGCCAAAGAUUGCUUGUGAAUGAAAGUUUAAAAAGACGAGAAUACACAUGAGUAAGAAACGUUUGCCUGCUCACUUUGGACAAACAUUCUAAUUACAGUAAUCCCUCAUUUUUCACAGUUAAUGGGGACCAGGAACCCCCCCGUGAAACGUGAAAACCAAGAAGUAGCCCAUCCCCGCAACACACGCACUCAACCAUCCCCCCCACCCACACCCCAGGAUUUUUCAUGUAUAUGUAUCUGAGUACCAGAAUGAAUAAAAUGUCUAAAUAGUAUUUAUACUUUACAUAUAUGAGACUAAGAUGAACACAGUCCAUGCAUUGACUUUAAUAUUUGUCAGGUUUAUUACCUGACUUUUGGAAUAGAGCUCAUGCAUGUGACGUCAGCAUUUUCACGGUGCCAUAUUGCCGGUCAAACCUAGCUGCUCUGCACUGUGGGAGCCGUUGGACCAGAGCAGAUUUUCAAAUUGCCCGAGACCUGUUGUGCUGUUGGUUGUCACAACAGAUGAGACAGAUAUUCAAAGAGAUCAUUCUAUGGAAUACUAGCUGAAAAGACCAGAAAAUAUCAAUGGAUUUCGGCAAUUAAACAUGAUGGAUGGUGAUUUAUUUAUGAUUGAGAACAGAUCCAGCAACGAAGUAUUUGCAUGCGUCCAGACUUUUAUACAUUUUCAAACUCUUCCUUGUAAAUUUUGACAAUUUACUCAUCAGAUACAUGUGUAUUUCCAGUUGUCCAAGACAAGCAGAAGCGAAUUAACAGUCCACUUUCUUAUCGCCGAAAACAUCGACUUCGGCAUUGAAUAUGGGUCCUCUUUGCCAAGUGUCUCUCAUUUUUCCAUUUAACUUCAUUUAUCACCUUCUAAAUGUUGAACGGUAUCGGACAAAACUCUGGGUGUCAUGCUUUAAGACGUAUUUUGACCGGCAAUAUGGCGUUAUGUGAUUUUAUUACGUAGCCGCAUGAGCUCUAUAUUAUGCUCCAAAUACAAGGACAAGAAGUCUGUCCCAUGAGGAGAAUGUGAGUGACUAGACAGUAACAGUCUCCAACCCCAUUCUGAACCAGCGUCUCGUGUACUUUUUUUUUUUUUUUUUUUUCAAAAGCACAUGAGGUCAAGAGGGAAAGGUGAGCAAGCAAGUUAAUAACGGUACAUUCUUUGAUAACAAUGUGUGUGUGUUGGUGAACUUGUCCUUGGCCACUUCUCAGGAGAUCAGGAGUCAACUGGUGCACCUGUGUGGGGACUGCGCAUACUGUAUGUGCAAAGAAUCUUCGAAGCAAGGAUAAUACUUUGACUUUGUAGCAAAUCCAUAAUAUAUAUUUACAAUAAUUCUAACAAUCUUUAAUUCUAAAACUUUUGUAAAUCUUUUCUCUCUCUCUCUCUCUCUCUCUCUCUCUCUCUCUCUCUCUCUCUCUCUCUCUCUCUCUCUCUCUCUCUCUCGCUCUCUCUCUCUCUCUCUCUCUC